UGAAAAUUUAUUUAUAUGUUGAUAGGAAAUUUUCCUCAUUAUCAAGGUCAAAUUUUUGAAGUACUUUGUCAGUAUAAAAAGUUAGCUCCCGUUUCAUAAUUUUUACUUCAUACAAUUGCAAUUUUAGAGUGUUGUAGGCUAUUUGUGUGUUUAUAUCUGCUGGACAAUUCUUACAUCAAUUUUUAACCGCAUUACCAAGUUUAGUUGGUAUAAUUUUUCUGGUAGCUCAAGAAUUAAGAAAGCAGUUUCGGUGAAAAUGUCUGGAAAGGAUGUGACCUUUAAUAAUGGCAAAAAGUGCCCGAUCCUAGGUCUUGGAACUUGGAAGUCACAACCUGGUGCAGUCACUCAAGCUGUGAUAGAUGCCAUUGAUAUAGGGUACAGGCAUAUCGAUUGUGCCCAUAUUUAUGGCAAUGAAAAGGAAGUUGGUGCUGGCUUAAAAGAUCGUAUUGAUGCUGGUGUGAUAAAACGCGAGGAUAUAUUCAUCACUAGCAAACUAUGGAACAGUUGUCACAGUAGUAGUUUGGUGGAACCAGCUCUGAAGAAGACUUUGAGUAAUUUGGGAUUGGAUUAUUUAGAUCUGUACUUGAUCCAUUGGCCCUUUGGACAUAAGGAAGAAGGUACUGAAUGGCCUAGAGAUGCUGAUGGAAAACUUUUGUUGAGCGAUGUUGAUUAUGUAGAAACAUGGAAAGCUAUGGAGGCAGUCAACAAAAAGGGACUGACUAAAUCUAUUGGAAUUUCCAAUUUCAAUGAAGAUCAAAUAAAUCGCCUUUUAGAAUCAGCGACUGUUGUUCCACAAACAAAUCAGGUUGAAUGCCAUCCAUACCUCAACCAGAAGAAGCUAUCCGCGUUCUGCAAGUCCAAAGGAAUAACCAUAACGGCUUACAGUCCUUUGGGAUCUCCUGAUCGUCCUUGGGCCAAGCCUGAAGAACCUCUUCUUUUGGACGAUCCAAAAAUUAGGGAAAUUGCUGAUAAAUACAGUAAAACACCAGCUCAGAUAGUAUUGAGAUACCAAAUUCAACAAGGCCAUAUUGUGAUUCCCAAAUCGGUUACCAAGUCCAGAAUUAGGGAGAAUUUUGGUGUUUGGGAUUUUGAAUUGAAGGAUGAAGACUUGAAAUUGAUUGAUACUUUUGAUUGUAACGGAAGAAUUUGUCCAUUUGAUGAGGCCAAAGGACACAAAUACUAUCCUUUCUGAGGUUCAGAUAUUCAAAAAGAAGUCAAUGUGCAAAAUUUUUUAUUAUAGUUUAAACAUAUUCUCUUCAUAUAUAACCCUGUUGUGAAAUGAAUUGUUUCGAAAAUCAAUUAAUAAACAUUUAUAAUUA